AAAAAAAAAAAAAAACAAAGAGAGGAGAAAAACACAAAAACCAAGUAGCACAAGAAAUACAUUUAAGUACACUUCUGAAACUCCAACUUCUCUACUCUCGGUCUCUCCGCCAAAUCCAACCACUGUAUAAAACAACCCACUUCGAUCUUUGGCUUCUCCGUUGCUUCUCUGGCCUCAAGAAAGCACUAGCUCUCAGCCCUCUCUCGGAGUUCUUGUAAUGCUGAUCAUCUGAACUUGUUCUUGUUUUCAGAUAUUUGUUUCUGAAACCAUAAUCUGAAGGUUUUGAGCAGUUCCGUUAAGGCGUAAUUCUCUGGAAAGAUGAGCGCAUAUAUAGUCGGCGUCCUUGUUCCUCUUGUUUUUACUAUUCUCCUUCGGAAUUCAAAAAAUAGAAAGAAACGUGGGUUGCCUGUUGAUGUUGGUGGGGAACCUGGGUAUGCAAUCCGAAACUAUCGGUUUACUUCCCCAGUGGAAACAGCAUGGGAGGGCAUCUCAACACUUGCUGAUCUUUUUGAGCAGUCAUGCAAGCAGUACCGAGACAAUAAAUUUCUUGGAACUCGGAGAUUGAUUUCGAGGGAGACAGAGAUAUCUGGAGACGGAAGGUCCUUUGAGAAGCUUCAUUUGGGUGAUUAUGAGUGGUUAAGUUAUGGCAAAGUGUUUGAAGCUGUGUGCAAUUUUGCUUCUGGUUUGGUGCAACUUGGGCAUAAAAGGGAAGAACGUGCAGCAAUCUUUGCUGAUACAAGAGAAGAAUGGUUUAUUGCAUUGCAGGGUUGUUUCAGGCGCAAUAUCACUGUUGUGACCAUAUAUGCAUCUUUGGGGGAGGAGGCUCUAUGUUACUCAUUAAAUGAGACAGAGGUUACCACAGUGAUUUGUGGGCACAAAGAACUGAAGAAACUCAUCGACAUAAGCAGACAACUUGACACAGUAAAACGCAUAAUAUGUAUGGACGAUGAGGUUCCAUCAAAUGCCUCAUUAAUUGAGGGGGGCAAUAGUUGGACAAUCACUACAUUUUCUGAUGUAGAGGAGCUUGGUAAAGAGAAUCCUGUUGAAGCAGAUUUACCUCUUUCAGCUGAUAUUGCAGUGAUAAUGUAUACAAGUGGGAGUACUGGUUUACCUAAGGGUGUAAUGAUGACACAUGGCAAUGUUCUAGCUACCAUUUCUGCAGUGAUGACAAUUGUCCCUGACCUCGGAAGCAAGGAUGUUUAUUUAGCGUACCUACCCCUGGCUCAUAUUCUUGAAUUAGCAGCUGAGAAUGUAAUAGCUGCUAUUGGAAGUUCCAUAGGAUAUGGAUCCCCUUUGACUCUAACUGAUACAUCAAGCAAGAUAAAGAGGGGAACAAAGGGGGAUGCGUCUAUGUUAAGGCCAACAUUGAUGACAGCCGUCCCGGCUAUUCUUGAUCGUGUUCGAGACGGUGUCCUCAAGAAGGUAAAUGCAACAGGUGGACUAUCAAAGAAAUUGUUUGAUCUAUCUUAUUCUCGUCGAUUGUCUGCAAUAAAUGGCAGUUGGUUUGGAGCAUGGGGCUUAGAAAGGUUUCUGUGGAACUUUCUUGUGUUUAGAAAGAUCCGGGCAGUUUUGGGUGGUCACAUCCGUUUUGUGCUGUCUGGAGGGGCUCCUCUGUCUGGUGAUACUCAAAGAUUUAUCAACAUUUGUCUUGGUGCUCCAAUAGGUCAAGGGUAUGGUCUCACUGAGACUUGUGCCGGUGGAACAUUUUCUGAGUAUGAUGAUACAUCUGUUGGUCGUGUUGGUGCUCCACUUCCUUGCUCAGUUAUCAAGUUGAUAGAUUGGCCCGAGGGUGGUUAUUUAGCCAGUGAUUCUCCAAUGCCUAGAGGAGAGAUAAUUGUUGGUGGACCAAAUGUUACAAUUGGAUAUUUCAAAAAUGAGGAAAAAACAAAGGAAGUUUACAAGGUUGAUGAGAAAGGGAUGAAGUGGUUCUACACUGGUGACAUAGGGCAGUUUCAUGCUGAUGGUUGCCUUGAAAUAAUUGAUCGUAAGAAGGACAUAGUUAAACUUCAGCACGGAGAAUAUGUUUCUUUAGGGAAGGUUGAGGCUGUUCUUAUGGUCAGCCCCUAUGUCGACAACAUUAUGUUGCAUGCUGAUCCUUUUCACAGUUACUGUGUGGCUCUCGUGGUGGCUUCGCAGUACACAGUGGAAGACUGGGCCAAGAAUCAGGGAAUUAGUUUUGUUGAUUUUUCGGAGUUGUGCCAAAAAGAAGAAACCAUUAAGGAAGUUCACGGAUCACUUGUAAAGGCGGCAAAGAAGGCACGUUUGGAGAAGUUUGAGAUCCCUGCAAAGAUCAAAUUGCUUUCGGAAGCAUGGACUCCUGAAUCUGGCCUUGUCACUGCAGCUCUCAAGAUCAAGAGAGAUGUCAUUAGGAAGUCAUUCUCGGAAGAACUCACUAAGUUAUAUUCAUCAUGAUCAUCAAGAAGUUUUUUGUUUUUUGUUUUUUAAUUUUUUUUUUGCCUUUUUGGGAGAUAGUGCCGAGUUUUGAUGACUGGAUGAAACCUUACUUUUUAUUUAUGUCCAAAUACUCUCCUUUUAACCAUUUUUGUACUCUUCAA